CUGGAUUCAGAACAAUCAUCGUUUUUCGGUCUCACUCACGAAGUUAACAUCAGCCCCAGUAGUAUUGAGCUGAUGGAACAACUGACAGAUGAAGUGUUCGACCGCUCAAGAGGAGAUCGUCGUGUGCGUAGAUAUUUUGAUGCCUACGACACUCCCUUCAUUGGAUCCGGCAGAAGAACUAAUUAUAACUCUAGUUACUAUGACUAG